AUUUUAUUUACAGUUCUGGCCGUGGUUGCCAUGGCAAUGGCAGAUGAAUCGAGCAUACACAGACUCCUCAUUGAUGCAACUAAUCAUUUCACCGCUAAAAUGUUUACUGAAGUCGCAAAAGAGAAUUCCGGCAAAAGCGUUGUAAUGUCCGGUUUCUCAGCGAUGACACCUCUAGCUCAACUGGGCUUAGCCUCAGUUGACAUAACACAUGACGAAAUCCUCGAAGUCAUCGCCCUACCCAAUGAUAAUGCUACCAAAGAAGUGUUUUCUUACGUGAGUCAAGACGUACGGUCAGUAAAAGGAGUCGACUUGAAGAUAGCCAACAGAAUAUUCCUUCCAGGAGAUGUUGAACUAAAUGAGGAAUUCGGUGUAGUUUCUAGGGACGUAUUCCAUUCAGACAUAAAGCAAGUUGAUUUCGUUAAGAACUUUGAAGCUGCUGCCACUAUCAACUCUUGGGUUGAGGAUAACACUAAUAAAAGGAUCAAGGAUUUGGUCGACCCUCAAUCUUUAGGAUCUGACACAAAAGCUGUUCUCGUAAAUGCCAUCUAUUUCAAGGGCACCUGGAAGAAGAAAUUUGACUCUAGACUGACGAGAGACCGCGAUUUUCAUGUGACAAAAGACAAAACUAUUAAAGUUCCUACAAUGGCUAAAAGUGACGACUUCAAAUACGGCUACAGUCAGGAAUUAGAUGCUAAGCUCUUGGAAAUUUUCUAUGAAGGAGAAGAAGCAUCACUCUUAAUUGUUCUUCCGAAUCAAAUUGAUGGACUAAAUGCUCUUCAAGAGAAAUUGAAAGACCCCAGCGCUCUGGAGAAGGCCACAGAAAAGAUGUACACCACUCUAGUCUCUGUGUAUCUCCCCAAGUUUAAGAUUGAAACCAGAAUUAACCUAAUAACUGUACUUGAAAAUAUGGGGAUUAAAACCUUAUUUGACUCCAAAAAGGCUAGACUGGAAAAGCUUCUUAAAAACUUUGGCAGAGGUUUAUACGUUAGUGAUGCUAUCCAGAAGGCGUUCAUCGAAGUAAAUGAAGAAGGAGCUGAGGCAGCUGUGGCAAGUGUGUACUACGGCCGAGGCGCCAGUAUUAUUAUUGACGAACCAGAGGUUUUUCGGGCUUUCCACCCUUUUCUUUUCUUUUUGACACACAAAAAGAAUAUCAUACUUAACGGAGCCUACAUUUCUUAG